UCCCAGCUGCUGCAGCUGCAUUAAAGUGAACUUUGCUAGCUGUCAUCCAUCCAAUUAGCCAACGACUAAUUUCUUGACCAGCCAGUCCUCUAUCAGAAGAUAUCUAAGUCGGAUCAACGAGUUUGGGCCACUACCUACGGCAGGGUUGAGUGAAAUUAUACAAAAAGAGUGCAAAUUCUUUCAAAAUGUGAGCAAACUAACAUUCGAGGCUCCCAUUCGAUCCAUUCUUCUUCUUUUCGGUGAAGCGAAUGGCUGAGGCUGUUGUUUCCAGUGUCGUGACAAGGAUAGGUGACUUGCUCGUACAAGAAGGAAAAUUCUUGUCCGGGGUGAGUAACCAAGUUGAGCUGCUAAAAACUGAGCUCAAUCUGAUGCAAGGCUUAUUAAAAGAUGCAGAUGCGAGGCAGGAUGAAUCAGAGACUGUAAGACGGUGGGUUGCUGAAAUAAGAGAUCUUGCUUAUGAUGCAGAUGAUAUCAUUGCAACAUAUGCCCUCACAGUUGGAACCAGAAAGGGAGGAGGCAUACAAAAGUUCAUCAAGAGGUGCAGUUGCAUCUUGGAUGAAGUAAUUACAUUCCACAAGGUUGGGUCACAGAUUGAAGAUAUCAAGGCGAAAGUUUCUAGUUUGAGAACGAUUUUUCGAGACUAUGGGAUAAGAGAAUCUAUGAUAAAAGGAGGCGGAUCCAGUUCUUUUAAUGAGAGGAAGCGAGAGGAAAGGCAAACAUUUCCUCAUCUUGACCAUGAUGUCGUUGGGUUUGACGAUGAUCUAAAUAAAUUGGUGGAGUUUUUGCUGAAAGAAGGGGAAGGCAAUAGAGUUGCUUCCAUAUGUGGUAUGGGUGGUCUGGGAAAAACCACUCUUGCCAAGAUGGUUUAUAACCACAAGAAAAUCAAGCAACAUUUUGUUCGCCGCACUUGGUCAUAUAUCUCACAACAAUGUCAAAGAAGACGUGUUUGGGAAGAAAUUCUGAUUAAGGUUCAGUCUCCAACUAAAGAGGAAAGGGAUGAAAUUCAAAAGUUGACAGAUGCAGAGAUCAUUGAGAAACUUCGUGAAGUUCAACUCCAGAAAAAGUGUUUGGUGAUUAUAGAUGAUAUUUGGGAUAUUGAGACUUGGAACAGUCUACGCGCUGCCUUCCCAUUAAAGAAUACUAGUAGUAAAAUUCUGCUUACCUCUCGUAAUAAAGAAGUGUCUUUACAAGUAGAUGCCGAAGGUUUUCUUUAUGAAUUGCAAUGCCUAAAUAAGGAAAGGAGUUGGGAAUUGCUUCAGAAGAUAGCAAUAUUUCGGAGAAAAGACUGUGUGACCAACGCUAACAAGCAUAAUAUCGAAAAAUUAGGGAAGGAAAUGAUUGAGUAUUGUGGAGGUUUACCGUUGGCUAUCACGGUACUUGGAGGCUUUUUAGUGGCAAAGCAAACACCAAAUGAGUGGGAGGAUGUGCUUAAACAUAUUAAAUCAUAUAUUUUUAAAGAGGAUGACUUACGAGUCAAUAAGGUCUUAAGUUUAAGUUAUAAUGAUUUACCUUGCCACUUGAAACCAUGCUUUCUAUAUUUAGGCCAUUUUCCAGAGGAUUUUGAGAUACCGACAGAGGAAUUGAUUCAAAUGUGGAUGGGCGAAGGUUUUAUACCACAAAUUUUGCAUGAAGAAGAUAGUGAGGAUACAAUGGAGUAUGAGGGAGAACAAUAUUUGCGAGAGCUAAUCCAGAGGUGCAUGGUUCAGGUGGGGGAAAUUAGCAAACUUGGAAGGAUCAAAACUUGCCGAAUCCAUGAUCUUAUGCGAGAUUUUUGCAUUUCAAAAGCCCAACAAGAAAAUUUUCUCCAAAUCACCAAGAAAAAUAUUCACUCCAUGGAAGGAAGCCAAUGGCAUAUUGAUAAAAUUAGAAGACUUGCUAUCACUUUGGAAUCAAAUGAUAACUACCUCAAAGGAAUUAAAUUUAGUGAAUAUCCUUACCUCAGGUCUCUUCUCUACUUUGUACGUCCUAAAGAAUUUUAUUUCAAGAAAUCCAAGUUGCUUAGAGUCUUAAAUAUGAAAAAUUACAAUGGAAAAAACUUACCUAAAGAUAUUGGACGUUUCAUCCAUUUGAGAUUUUUAUCUUUGGAAAAUAGCAAUAUAAAUAAGGUGCCUUCAUCCCUUGGCAAUUUGAGAUGCUUGCAGACACUUGAUUUACGACUUAAAGCUUGCAGAUGUAGAGUGCCAAAUAUUUUAAAGAAGAUGGAACAGUUGAGGCAUCUUUACCUACCCUUCAUUUAUUGGGUAAGUGAGAAGUUAGAAUUGGGUAAUCUUUAUUAUUUGCAAACAUUGCUGAAUGUUAGGCCCAAAACCAUCAAAAUGCCCACAAGUUUCCGAUUCAACUAUCUUCGGAUUCUUAGCAUCAAAGAUCAAAAUGCCCACAAGUUUACUGGUGAAGCGCCCCAUGUAAUACAAAUACUAUCAAGCUGUCCACAUAUAUAUAAGCUAGUUAUAUAUGUACAGGACCUUAAGAAACUUCCAGAAACUCGCCAGUUCCUCCUAAAUCUUGCCGAGUUGAAAUUAAAAUAUACUGGUCUUGAAGAAGACCCAAUGCCAACCUUAGAGAAGUUGCCAAAUUUAAAAAUCCUCCACCUCUUACAGAACUCUUUCGAAGGGAAGGAUAUGGAUUGUUCUGAAGGAGGAUUUCCUUUGCUUCAGUAUCUUUUCCUUGAUCAUUUGUACUCCUUAGAGGAGUGGAGGGUGGAGAAAGGAGCCAUGCCCAAUCUUUGCCAAUUGAAAAUUAAUUAUUGCAAUAGUUUGAAGACUAUUCCAGAUGGAUUGAGGUUCGUCACAACCCUCCGGGAAUUGGAGAUCACAAACAUGAGAGAGUCAUUCAAAGAUAUGCUUGACGAAGGAGGACUGGAUUUUGACAAAGUCAAACAUGUGCCUUCCCUUGUAUUUCAAAACUGUGACUGGUAACGGUUAUCAGGUGAAAUCAUCCAUGGUGCAAAAGUUUCUCCUCAGGUUCAAUUCAUGAAAAAUCAACAAAAGAUUCUCACUACUUUGCAACUUGUACGGGUGAAAUCAUCCAUGGUCUGCAAUUAGUACAAGUUGGUGUCAGUUAUACAAUUUGAAGGAUAUGAUUGCACGGACUCAUUAAACAUAUUCUCUGAUGUCUAAGUGUAGUGAUGUAAAGAAUUGUUUGUUUGGUGAUGGUACUUUGCGUUGUGAUAUUUUGUUGGGUGGUUUGUUUGCAUUAGUGUGUUUGUUUUAGUGUUGCUUUCUUGUUCAGCUGUGCUGCUUUGCUAUGAUUGCACUCUUUGUUCAUGUAUUUUGAUGAAUAAAAGAACCCAAUGUAUCAUUGGAUGAGAAAAAUGAUUCUUCAUUUGAUGUGGGAUUCCUCAUAUUUCUUCAA